UCUGGUCCCCCUCCCUCGGCCCGCCGCCGCUGCUCCAGAUGAGGUGAUGGCAACGGCCAACUUCGGCAAGAUCCAGAUCGGGAUUUACGUGGAGAUCAAGCGGAGCGAUGGCCGAAUACAUCAAGCAAUGGUAACAUCUUUAAAUGAAGAUAACGAAAGUGUAACUGUUGAGUGGAUAGAAAAUGGAGAUACAAAAGGCAAAGAGAUUGACCUGGAGAGCAUUUUUUCACUUAACCCUGACCUUGUACCAGAUGAAGAAAUUGAGCCCAGUCCAGAGACACCCCCACCUCCAACAUCCUCAGCCAAAGUAAACAAAAUUGUAAAGAAUCGACGGACUGUGGCUUCUAUUAAGAAUGAGCCUCCUCCAAGAGAUAAUAGAGUGGUUGGUUCUGCACGUGCACGGCCUAGUCAACUUCCUGAACAGUCUUCCUCUGCACAACAGAAUGGUAGUGUUUCAGAUAUAUCUCCAGUUCAAGCUGCAAAAAAGGAAUUUGGACCCCCUUCACGUAGAAAAUCUAAUUGUGUGAAAGAGGUAGAGAAAUUGCAAGAAAAACGAGAAAAAAGGAGACUGCAACAGCAAGAACUUAGAGAAAAAAGAGCCCAGGAUGUUGAUGCUACAAACCCAAAUUAUGAAAUUAUGUGUAUGAUCAGAGACUUUAGAGGCAGUUUGGAUUAUAGACCGUUAACAACAGCAGAUCCUAUUGAUGAACACAGGAUAUGUGUUUGUGUAAGAAAACGACCACUCAAUAAAAAAGAAACUCAAAUGAAAGAUCUUGAUGUAAUCACAAUCCCUAGUAAAGAUGUUGUGAUGGUACAUGAACCAAAACAAAAAGUAGAUUUAACAAGGUACCUAGAAAACCAAACAUUUCGUUUUGAUUAUGCCUUUGAUGACUCAGCUCCUAAUGAAAUGGUUUACAGGUUUACAGCUAGACCACUAGUGGAAACUAUAUUUGAGAGGGGAAUGGCUACAUGCUUUGCUUAUGGGCAGACCGGAAGUGGAAAGACUCAUACAAUGGGAGGUGACUUUUCAGGAAAGAACCAAGAUUGUUCUAAAGGAAUUUAUGCAUUAGCAGCUCGGGAUGUAUUUUUAAUGCUAAAGAAGCCGAACUAUAAGAAGUUGGAACUUCAAGUGUAUGCAACCUUUUUUGAAAUUUAUAGUGGUAAGGUGUUUGACUUGCUAAAUAGGAAAACAAAAUUAAGAGUGCUUGAAGAUGGAAAACAGCAGGUUCAAGUGGUGGGAUUACAGGAACGGGAGGUCAAAUGUGUUGAAGAUGUACUAAAACUCAUUGACAUAGGCAACAGUUGCAGAACGUCCGGUCAGACAUCUGCAAAUGCACAUUCAUCUCGGAGCCAUGCAGUGUUUCAGAUUAUCCUUAGAAGGAAAGGAAAACUACAUGGCAAAUUUUCUCUCAUCGAUUUGGCUGGAAAUGAAAGAGGAGCUGAUACUUCCAGUGCAGACAGGCAAACUAGGCUUGAAGGUGCUGAAAUUAAUAAAAGCCUUUUAGCACUCAAGGAGUGCAUCAGAGCCUUAGGUAGAAAUAAACCUCAUACUCCUUUCCGAGCAAGUAAACUCACUCAGGUGUUAAGAGAUUCAUUCAUAGGUGAAAACUCUCGUACCUGCAUGAUUGCUACAAUCUCUCCAGGAAUGGCAUCCUGUGAAAAUACACUCAAUACAUUAAGAUAUGCAAAUAGGGUUAAAGAACUGACUGUGGAUCCAACUGCUGCUGGUGACGUCCGUCCAAUAAUGCACCACCCCCCAAAUCAGAUUGAUGACUUAGAGGCACAGUGGGGUGUGGGCAGUUCCCCUCAGAGGGAUGAUCUAAAACUUCUUUGUGAACAGAAUGAAGAAGAGGUUUCCCCACAGUUGUUUACUUUCCACGAAGCUGUCUCACAAAUGGUAGAAAUGGAAGAACAAGUUGUAGAAGAUCACAGGGCAGUAUUCCAGGAAUCUAUCAGAUGGUUAGAAGAUGAAAAGGCUCUCCUAGAGAUGACUGAAGAAGUGGACUAUGAUGUGGAUUCAUACGCCACGCAACUUGAAGCUAUUCUUGAGCAAAAAAUAGACAUUUUAACUGAACUGCGGGAUAAAGUGAAAUCUUUUCGUGCAGCUCUGCAAGAAGAAGAACAGGCCAGCAAGCAAAUCAACCCGAAGAGACCCCGUGCCCUUUAAACCAGCAUUUGCUGCUGAAGGAUCCCCAAAACCCUCGCUACUAUAACAUAACAAUGGUUCAGCUGUAAGGGCCGUUUGAAAGUUUGAAAUCUUAAGUGUCUGUGGAAAAUGUCUUGUCCCUUCACCUGAAUGACAUUUCAAUUUUGUGAAACACUCUUUUGUCUACAAGAUGCUUCUAGUCAGGAGGCACAACCAAGAUUUGGGAAUAGUGAAGCAUUUUGUUUCAUUUACCCAGAUAGUGAGUUACUUUUGGAGAUCCUUGCCAAUUUUAUUUUCUAUAUGAUGAAGUAAGAUUGUGGACUUGAUCCAGAGGUGAAUAGUAAGGGGAAGCCACAGCAUUUCCUUUUAACUCAGUUCAGUUUUCUUAGCAAGACUGAGCAGUUUUAAAUCCUUUGCGUGCAUGCAUACCUCAUCAGUGAUUGUACAUACCUUGCCCACUCCUAGAAACAGCUGUGCUCACCUCUUCCUGCUUUGUGCCUUGACUAAGGCUAUUACCCUAAAUUUCUGAAGCACAGCCAAGAGAAUUACAUUCCUUAUUUGUCAUUGUAAAUUACCUUUAUUGUGUGUACAUUUUUACUGUAAUUGAGACAUUUUUUUGUGUGUGACUAGUUAAUUUUGCAGGAUGUGCCAUAUCAUUGAAUGGAACUAAAGUCUGUGACAGUGGACAUAGCUGCUGGACCAUUCCAUCUUACGUGUAAAAAAGUCUGGAAUUAUGAUUUUAAAACCAUAUAACAUGUGGUUAUAAUUUUCUUAGCAUUU